CAAAAACUGACAGAGUUGCGCCAGUGGUCUGAACAGCUGAGAAGUUUUGAUUUGAAUUAUGUGACAGAGAAUGGCCUGUUUUUUAUUGACUGCUCUCUUGUACAUAAGGGUAUCCUACCAAAGGUGGAAGGCAUAUACCAGGAGCUACUUUCAUUUGUAGCAGACGAAGCAAGGUGUCUGGCACAGAAUUUUAUGAAGGAGAUGAAUAUAGUGUUGAAGAAUAUGAAAAACAGAGAGCCAGGUGUUGCAUCCUUUGCCCUAUUUGCAAAGAACUUUAAUGAUUACAAAGAAAGCACACUACAGUUACAGCAGCGAAUGGAGUACAUCAGAUCUCUGUAUGAAGUUAUUAGAAUGGGUGCCAGACAGUUAGCACCUGGAGAAGAGAGAACAGAGGAAACAAUUAUGUCUUCUUGGGAGACCUUUCAGGUGCAGAUGCAGGAUGCUUCAGAAUUUGUGAGCACUCAGACGCCUCUCAUGACCCAGCAGUUGGAUGAUACUUUCCAGCAUCUGUGUAAAGAGGCAGCAGUACAAGCAGAACUUGCUAUGAGUGGCCAGUUUUUGGAACCAAAUGAAAAUCCACUGAAGAUUCUGACAGAUAUGAAAAAGAUCAGAGAAAAGUUCAAUCAUUUAAAAGUAAAGCUACGAGAAUCAAGUCAGUGGAAACAAGCCAUUACAGGGGAAACCUACAACCUGAGUUUUUUGAGUGAUAUUGUCUCAGAGAUGGACACGAGGCAGGAACUCUGGAAAUAUGUAGAGACAUCAUCACAUGCCAUCAAAGAAUGGAAAAAGAUGCCCCUAAAAAAGAUCAACAUUAAAAAGGCACUACAAACAGUCACAGAGUGGCAGCUGGCAGCUGACAAGUUAAAAUUGAUUUUGCCUGCAGAAGAUAAAGUUCUCACAGUUUGGUGCAAACAGAUAGAAGAAUUCAGCAAGGACUUGCCGAUACUUCACAAGUUGGCCAGUGAUGUUCUUCAGGAAAGACACUGGCAGAUCAUAUUCCUGGCAAUGAAUGAACCAUAUGUCAGCAAUCACCAGUUCACUGUGGCUGAACUUAUGUCUUACAGUCUUUCUGAUCAUGCUGAUACUAUCUAUGCCACAUACAAGAGUGCAGUUGCAGAACGUGACUUUGAACAAGGCUUGAGCCACAUUGUUGGCCUCUGGCAAAAUCGACAGUUCAAACUGGCCAAACACAUCCCAGAAAGCAUAUUGAUUAAAAGCAAAGAGCCAGUUAGAAGAAUCAUGUCCAGCAAUAAAAGACUCAGGAAACUGGAGAGGAAACAUCAGGAGAGAAUGGCAGCUCGGUCAGCUGAGCAAAGAUGUUUGGAUGUGGCUAAUGAUGAUUUCUUUGUUCUCACCGAGGUGGAGGUACUGAAGUAUCAGCUUGAGGACAGUCGAAUCAGUGUGGAUGCUAUGUUGGUUUCACCAUAUGUUGAGGGCAUUAAAGAUCAAGUGGUGUUUUGGUGUCAAGCUUUUAGAGAGAUUGAAGAAAUUACAGAUCUUUGGGUGGAAUGUCAGAAAAAGUGGCUAUACCUGUUGAAGAUUUUUGAAAGACCAGACUUUUACUGCAGAUUACCACAGCAAGCAAUGAGAUUUGAAGAAGUUCACAACAAGUUUAAGGACUGGAUGAGGGUUGUGUCAAAUGACUCCAGGUGUCUGUCUGUGGUGAGUCGAAGAAGAGGGGACAAAGGUUACAGACUAUUACAGGGAGACAACCUUAGAAGUCUUCUUUUGUCAAUUAUCAAAGAACAGGAGGAAGUCUUGAAAGAUCUUGAGAUAUUAAUCAGUGUGUCAAGGAACCUGCCAGCACUAAUACCUUUUGUUCAGAAGUGUUUCCCUGGUGUUCUUGACCUUUCUUUUACUCUCCCAGCUGGGAAUAGCAGAUUCAGCUCUCAACUUGACCAUAGAAUUAACACUGACAAACUAGAAGUUGAAAGUGCACAUGGUGCUUAUGGUGAGAAGUUGCUCCUGUACACUCAAGUCAAAGCUACAACAUCCGCAACGAAAUGGAUCAACAGUUUAAAUGAAACUUUGAAGAACACAAUGACUAUAGCAAUGAGAGCCUGUUUGCAUGCAAGGAUUGAGGAAGUUAGUCACAUGAGUUGGUCACGCGGAUUGGUCACGCGGAUUGGUCGCGCGAGUUGGUCGCGCCAAUCAAAUCUUUGUGUCAAGAUAGACCAGCUUGUGAAUGUUUUAAAGGAAGUACAGACUCAGAUGGCCAGCAGUGAUGGACAGAGAAUAGAACUUCUUAUAUGUGGCUUGCUUAAUCAGUGCAUAUACCAUAGAGAUAUUACUGACAAGCUGAUGGAAAACAACCAAAUUACUGAUGCAUCUUUUGACUGGCUGAGGAUUCUGAGGUUCCACAUUGAUAUGAAAAGUGUGUUGCGUGCAAAAACAGUUGUCACAGAUGCUGUGAAUACUUUAAACUCCACUGACUUAAAUAGCAAAAUAAAGACAUCAAGGAAAAUCUCUGUGUCCAGAGUUUCUAAAGAUGCAAAGGCUCAAGAUGCACUAAAGCUAACUCGAACUCAGACAACCAUUUCCACUGACUACCUGUUCAGCCCCUGUUAUGUCCAGCAGCUGGAUCGUGUCUUCUAUUAUGACUAUGAGUAUACAGGUCCCAGCAGGCAUCUUGUAUUGACACCACUGACAGAACGAGCAUUUUUAUCAUUGGGCCAUGCAGUUAAAACAUUUUACUGUGGAAGUAUGAUCGGUCCCAGUGGCACUGGAAAAUCUGAAACAAUUAAAGAACUUUCAAGGCUUCUUGGUCGGUGUAUUUUCACAGUCAGUUGCCACGAAAGUAUUUCAUUUUCAUUGAUGCUCCAGUACUUAACAGGAAUGGUCCAGUCAGGUUGCUGGGCCUUGUUUGAUGAUACAGACAGACUUACAAAAGGUUUGUUAUCAGUGACAGGACAGCAGCUUGACUACUUGAGGACGGCUCUAAAAGCUCUUGAUGUUGGCAACGAGCAUCAGUAUCAGAUUAGGGGACAUUCCCAUUUUGACAAGAAAUCAGGAGUUGGAGACAGGGUGAUCCGUAGAAAUUCUCUAACCACUUUACACCCAUUACCUAAAGUUAAAGCUCGGUCUUCACCACUUUUGGAAAGACAGAAGACAGUUCCUCAUGGAUUUAAUGAGAAAGGCCUGAUGACUUACUUUGAAGAAACAUGGGUUGCCGAAAGAGAUCAACGGAGACAUUCAAUAGAGAGGGAGAUUGAAAUCAACGAGUCUGACCUUUACAAAAGCAGCAGACCACCACCUUUAUUUUAUGAACAUGUGAAAGCCAGCAAGAGACAAUCCCCACCUGAUUACUCCAAACUGAAUGCUGAGCCCUUAUAUGUGCACAGAAUGCUGGGAAAUGUUAUGUUAAAUGGAAAACUCAUCCCAGCCUCUGCCAACUUUUGGUGUUUCAUGACACUCAAUGCAAAUAAUCCAGCUUCUGAAGACAUUCCAUACAAUUUUAGGGUUUUGAUGCGACCAUGUGCUCUCAUUGUUCCGGAUCUUGAAUGCAUAAUGUCAUAUACACUGCAAAGCUAUGGAUUCAAGGAGCAUAAGUUGUGGUCUAAGAAGCUGACUUUCUUCUUCAAGUACCUUGAAACACAGAUGCUUAAACAGCAACAACACAAAUGUUCUCUGAGAGAAAUCAAAAGAGUGCUAAGAUUGGCUGUUGGUAAAAGAAAUGAUUCCAACUUCCAAUACAUGUGUGCAAGCAGUGAUCCUGAAACAGGAAAUAAUGUUCAUUGGAAAGUCGGAAAUACAGAGAAAACUACACAAGAAUCAGAAGAACAAGCCUUGGUAUUUGCUCUGAAAGAAGUUUUUAAACAUCAGUUUGAAAAAUUGACAGAUGAGACCAGAUUUCUUCACAUUUUACUUGAAGUAUUCCCACAUGCAACGAGUCAGCAGGCCAGAACUGAACAUACUGCUACAAAUAAACAGCUUCUUACGGCCAUUACCGAAGUUUUCACAGAAGAUCACCUUCAAGUAAAUGAUGUGAUGUUUCACAAGAUGCUACAGAUGCACUCUGCUCUGGAGAUGCAGGCUGCUGUUAUCUUGCUUGGUCCUUCUGGCAGUGGCAAGACCACAGUUUAUCACACACUGGCAAGAGCCAUCAACAUGCUCAACUAUAGGCUGCAUACACCUGACCAUUCUGUUGAUGAUCUUACAGCAACAGAUUUCAAACAAUCCAAGCAUCAUCUAAAGGUAACUAAUAU